GACUGCGAUAGGCGUGGCUCCUCUCGGCUUUUUUGGAGCUAACGCUGGAGCGGCUUGAGGUGAAGCAGUCUCAACCCGUGUGGAAGCAGAGCGGAUGCACAGCUUUAGGCCUCUGAGCUUGGAGCGGCCUGAGGGCAAGCAGUGAUGUUGAGAGCUGUGGCUGUAGACUUCUCACAGGAGGAGUGGGAAUUUCUGGACUUGAAGCAGAGGAACUUGUACAGAGAUGUGAUGUUGGAGAACUACAGCCACUUGGUCUCAUUGGAUGUGAAAUCCCAGUGUGCAACAAAGGAGUUAUCAUCAAAGGAUGACAAUUAUGAAAUAAAGUUAUCUCACAGGAAGAUAAUGGAAAGACUUACAAGCCAUGAGUUUGGAUGUUCCAUUUUUCAAGACAAAUGGAAGUAUAAUCACCAUUUUCAGAUAGAACAGGGAAAUCAAGAAGAGUAUCUUAAAGCUGUGACAGUCACCCAUGAAAAUAUGCAAAGUCUCAGUCAACAAAUAUCCUAUAGUCUACAUCAGAUAUAUCAUACUAGGCAAAAAACCUAUGAAUGCAGAGAAUGUGGGAAAGUCUUCAAUUACCACUCACUCCUAAUUCUCCAAGGGAGAAAUCACACCAAAGAAAAAUGCUAUGAAUGUAAGGAUCGUGGAAAGGCUUUUAGCAGUUGCUCAAAACUUACUGGACAUCAGAGAAUUCAUAAUGGAAAAAAACUCUAUGAAUGUAAUGAGUGUAGGAAAGCUUUCCACCACCCCUCAAAUUUCAUUUGACAUCAGAGAAUUCAUACUGAACAAAGACCCUACAAAUGUGGAAAGGCUUUUAGACAUGGCUCACACCUUACUGUUCACCAGAGAAUUCAUACUGGAGAGAAACCCUAUGAAUGCAAAGAAUGUAGAAAAGCUUUCAGUUACCACUCAUCCCUCAUUCGACAUAAAAAAACACAUACUGAAGGAAAACACUAUGAAUGCAAAGAAUGUGGGAAGGCUUUUAGCAACAGCUCAAUUCUUACGGGACAUCAGAGUUCACAGUGGAG